AUGCAGAGGCUUUACGUUGUCCGAGUGGACACCGUUGAAGCAGUUCAGAAUGCUGGCGCUGGUUUUCGAUUAAUGACCAGUUGUGUCACUGAUGAUAUGAUGGUCUCUCUAUUCCAUGUGACCACUGAUAGGUACUUUGUGAACAACAGUGCUGAAGAUGUAUUGCAACUCGCUCAAGUGCUACGACAUGUGUGGAACAUGUUGCCGUUGAAAACCCGUUUGGCUUGGGAGGAGGCAGCUCGUAAGCAAGCUUUGGACGCAAGAGUUCCCAAAGAAAAUGAGGAAACGAGUGAAAAAGAGAACGAAGCAAAAGCAGAAGAAGGCCCAUCACGCAAGGAAACAAUGCCUUUACGAGACUUCCCAUUUGGCAUGAAGUUCGAGCAGGGGGAAGGUAGUCCAAGCAAACUGCUUGCUAGUGCUCAUGGACCUCAUCCUGUAGAUGCUGCAAGGAAAAAUCGAGCUAUUGAAAGCUCUUGUUGUUCUGUUAAAGCCAGCUGGACGACAUUUAUAGACGUUCAGUCGCAUAUGAUCGCUGGCCACUAUGCAGCUAUUUUCUAUGGCUGUCAUUUUUGUGGUGCUUUGUUCCCGUCAGUAGAAGCUCUUUUGGGGCAUACGGAUUGUACACGAUGGACAGGAAUGUUGCUGAGUCAAAUGGUUAAAGAUGGAGGCAAACAAAUACGCAAGGUCCAAAUGAAGGUCGCUUAUAUGUUCCUAGUUUGCUCUGAUUGUGGUCUUUGGCUCCCUAUUAGAGUCAAUUAUCCUACAGAUCGACUACCCAAAGCAUGGAGCUUCUUCGCAACUGUCAUGGAAAAUCAUACUUGUAAGAAAUUGGUGCCUUUGUUGAUAUACAUGGCAGAACUUAUGGAUGUUCCCUCUAGAGACGCUCGUGUUCUGAUUCAGUUUGUUCCUUCGUUUAUAAAAGACUUCCCUUAUUCCUGUGAAGAAUGUAAGAUCGAUGCGUUUACUACACCAGAUGAAAUGGAUCUGCACUUCCAGAGAGUCCAUCAUAUCAAGUACAAGUGCACCAAGUGUGGAGAGUGUAGUGGCACUGAAUUAUUCCACAAGGCCCACUUGUCAACUCAUCUGUCUGACUCUCUCCUGCUUGCUGACUACCUGCGUACAUCUUGCACGUUCCAUCCUCCUCCUCAUUGUGGAGAAGCUCCAGAAGUUGUGGGUUCUGAUCAAAGAAUUCCUGCCAGUGGUGGAUCUACAACGACACAUACCCACACAUUGUUGGAGCACGAUCUCAUAAGCCAUUGCGAAGAGAUGACCGAGCUAAAAAUUUUGAACAGCUUGGAAAAUGCAAAAAUCGCCGGAAAUUCGUCAGAAGAUGAAACUGAUCUUGAGGAGGUAUCAGAUCCGUGUAAACGUGAGUCCUUUGUCACUUUGGAAUUUUGGCUAUCACAGGAGUUGUAA